CCCCAUCUGAGUUGGUAGGCGUGUGCCAAAUACAGGUCUUUGAGGAGUCAAAUCCGUCGGUCAACUCGCAUAAAGACGUGUCGAAUCCGCCAGCGCUCUAAAGACGUAUUUCAUUUCACGCGUUCUCUCUCAUAUUCAAGUCUACUCAUUCGCCUUGUUCUUCUAUUACAAUGAUCGCUCCAACGGAGCCCGUUCUCUCUUCCAACUCAGUUACUCCUAUCACCCAGUUCCAUCCGCAAAUUACCCUGGAGGCCGUGGAUGAAAAAGUCAUUCUUAUUGUGGGUGGUGCCAAUGGUAUUGGCGAGAGCCUAGUCGAACUCUGCUGUCAGAAUGGCGCUUACGUAUGCAUUGGUGACAUUGACUCAACCCAUGGCGCAUACCUGAGUUGGAAAUGCUGUGAAAACUGGCCCGUUUACUCCGACCCCAAUCUCCCUCCUAAACCUCCCCGGUCCACCUUCCAGCUGGUCGACAUUACAGACUACCAUGCUGUGCUUAGCCUUUUUGACGUUGCCUUCAAGACUUUCAAGCGCAUCGAUCAUGUUGUCGUUACCGCCGGUAGUAUGGAGCCGCAAGAAAACUGGUUCGACAGCACCUUGAACCUUCAAGCUAUCCGCACGCCUCCAUCUACAAGGGACCUUGACAUCAACCUCACUGGCUCCCUUUACGUCGUCCGUGUAGCAAGCGUCUACCUUCGCCAUAACCGUGGCCCAGGAGCAGACCGCUCCAUCAUCCUCUUCUCUUGCGCCGCAGGCUUUAAGGAAACCCCCGGUGUAUCUGUUUACCAGGCGGCCAAGCACGGUGUGCAAGGUCUGAUGCGCUCACUGCGCCCCUACUUCUCCUCGCCUUACAAGCACAACCUCCGCAUCAAUACCAUCUGUCCCUGGAUGACCCAGACCCACCCGGCAGUCACCAGAAAACUCUGUGAUCGCUGGGAGGAAGAGGGUCUCCCUAUCAGCUCUGCCCUGGAGGUUGCACAAGUGACUGCUGGUGUUCUGGCGGACGAAACCCUUAACGGCACCUCAAUGUACGUCGAGGGAGGUCGUGCCUGGGAAAUGGAGGCGAAUAUUACCCGUCUUGAGCCGCAGUGGUUGGGCGAGGCCCCGUCUAAGACAUUGGCUCGGGGACAGAAAGUGUUGAAGGAUGUAUGGGCUGCGUGAAUCGUCAAGACCUCCAAAUUUCGCCAAAAAGUUGCAUCGUUGCUAUUUAUACCACAGCGUUGGGAGAAGUACACCUUCUCUACCCAGAUUUUGAAGACAUUAACAGAGAAACGGGCUGAGAGACAGAAGAAAGGCUGUUGCAAAUCGACCUUUGGGCGUGUGACUUACUAGUUAUUUGUUCAUAUCCAUAUGCUUUACUACAAAAGACCAUGAAUGUUGGCUAGCCGGUACUGUUUAUGACAUUCGGCGGAUCGGAAUGCUCUACAAGGCAACUAUGGCGAGCAUCACCGGAUGGGCGUGCGUUUACGAGUUCUUGGCAUCGGCCGGCAGGAUAUAGCAAGCUUCUUUUGGUUCGGUUCUGGUCUAUUCGCUAGCAUUAUCUCGAAU